CCAUGGCGCAAGAAACAGAGGAAAUACGAAAAAUCGAAUGUCACACACACAGAACGUGCAAACUGAGGAAAAGAUGGCUGAAAGUGAAAGCAAAACCUUAAUGGCAGCAUUAGAAACUCUAAUGGAUAAACAGAAAGAAAGCCCAAGAAAUACAUUAGAAGAUGAAGAUGGAUUUGUCCUAUUAGCUAAGGAAUCGAUUUGGCCUCAACUUUAUGGAACAUUUUACAUGGACAUUAUUCAAGAUGAAGAGAAUCUCACUGAAAAAACUAAUUCUAAAUCACAUCAGGAAGAUGAUGAUAUGUUGUUUUACGUUCAAAAUAAACCUGGAGAACAGGGGCAAGAAGUGAAGGUCUUUAGAAAAACAAGCAAGUCUCUUCCUGGUCUUGGUGAUCCACACAUCAACUGGGAAGAAAGUGUUUAUUUGAACAUGAUAAUGCAUGAUCUUGACUACAAAUUAACUUGUGCAAUUUGUGCUCGGUUACCCAAUCAAGAUUUAAAAGUUUUGAGCAAGAAAACACUGAAUGUCCACGCUUCACAUCAUAUGAGAAGGUUGGUUGUUUCAAUCAAAAAUUAUUUUUACUUGAAAUGCUAUUUUGAUGCCAAAGAUGCUAUAAUGCUACAUGCUAUUCUUUAUGAUGUUUCUACCAUCAACAACAUCUAUAUUUAUAUUUGUUUUAGAAUGGACAGUAAGGGUGAAAGUUCAGACUUAUCAUACCCAAACAUAUUUUUUAUCAUAGACAGUUAUGACGAGGUGUUUGAGUCGUUGUCUGUUCAAGAGAAUGAAAUAGUCUGUGUUGAGUUAACAGCUAGAUACAAGGGAAACAAAGGCCAUGCUGUGGUUUUCUUGGGUUCGGUUAAACAUGAAGCUCUUCUGACAGUAUACGAUGCUAAGACAUCUCUAGGGACUAAGAUUUCACAAAAAAUGUCUCUCAGUUGGAUGACGGGUGUUAAUGAACAUUUUGAGUAUAUACGCAUGCGUGGACCACAUGGCAAGGGUUAUGCAGAAAUGAGAGUUGGUCUUUGUAGGGAUGACUUAGUUGAACACAAUACUAUUAAUAGACAUCGUUCUCUCUCUGAGAAUAAAGCAAGCUCAUGUAAUUGUCAAAUCGAAGAAAAUGCUCAAAUUUACGUUCCAACAACUACUCACCCAGAUAGAUGUCCGAAGUGUGAUAGAAAUUCCCCAAAUGAAGGCGCAGCAAAACUAUGGUCAAACACAGUGAAAUGGUUUCAACAAAAAAAAAAAUCUAGUAUUCCAACCUUAAGUCCUCAUUUGACUUACGUCACGUUACCGUGGAGUCGCAUUAUGAAGGAUGUUAUACAGGUGAAACAAAAGCCUGUUUUUUUAAAAGAAUCGAGACAUUGAUAGAUCAAUUAUUAUAAUAUUAUAUUUUUAGAGAUUUGUAUAUUUUUAAAAACUAUUUCGUGGAUCAAAAUAUCAGACAUUGUAAAUACAUUGUUUAGUAAAUAUCAGUAAUAUUUGCGUAUUUACGUUUUUUUAUAAGAACACCAAACUUCGAAAAAGCCUUGUCACGUUCUUAUUAUUUUGCACCUAUUGUCCUAAUAUUUCUUGAGAGUUUGUUGGAUUUCUUGAUCAAUGUUCUUCGAUGUAAGAUACGUGUAGGCCGAACAUGUUCCUAAGUUGUUCUUAAUUUCUAACAAAUGAAAUCCUUAUGUUGUUAUAAAAAAACCACGUAUCACAUCAAAUAGAACUGUGAUACAGUGCGUAGGUGAGAUUUUACUCUUUGAGCGCACCAACUUAAAUUUUCUGUGCAGUAACAAGCAACUGUUUCUUUCAGGAAACAUAUUUUUGCAGUUUGGUUAAUUAUAAAUUUGUAAUGAUUAUUUUAAUUUACAUGUGGAUUUUAUUUUUGAUAGAAUUUUCAGUAAUUUUAGGUUUUUUAGUAUUAACUAGUUUUUGAUCUAUCAUUUUCAUCUAGAGUUUCUGUUGUGAAAAGAUAUAAACAUCUUAAUAUUCACAUAAUCCAACCUUAUACGCCGCAACUUUAUUUAAACAGAAUUGUACGUAUUACUCAAUCUUAUAUUAGAAUUACAACAAAUUAAAAGCA